AUGACUUGUCUCGACAGCAUCAGAAGCCUUUUUUGCACGAGCAAGCCUCAGAGAAUUACUCAAAGCAAUACCGGCACGGAAUUAUCUAAUUUCGGUGCAGAAGGUUCUCAGUCACGACAAGUAAGAAGUAGCGCUCACUCAUCUACUCUUAACAGCGUCAUUACGAAAACAACCCAGGACCGUGAUAUCCAGAAGGCGCUCCGUUUAGCCAACAUCGGCCCUUCCAGUAAUGCUACGAUCGAGGUCAACACUGCUGAAAUUCCUUCUUUUGAUUGGGAUCAUGUCUUGAAGACCCAACAAGCAUAUUGUAAGGCUUUAACCCCAGUAGCAAAUCAUUUGAUGCCCCAUUAUGAGUAUAUGGCCAAAAAUCAAUGGCUGGAUGACGAGAAAGCCGGUCGCCACAAUACGCUUUCUCACCCUCAAAAGCAGAGCAAAUAUGAUAAACUCAUCACUUUAUAUACUACAGCCUGUCAUCGAGCUUGUGAAAAACAUUCGACUGUCAAAGCUAAGGAGAAAGACGCACUCCUAUCAUACGCGUCCUGGAAUGUCGAUGGAUUGAAAAAGCCCGAAUUCAAUUCUGAUAUCUCUAAACGCAUCUCUGCAUUCUCAUCCGCCAUAGACAAGGUGACCCUCGAUGCCGCUGGUUAUGAAAGCAUGCAGGAAGACGAGAUCAAGAAGACUAGAGACUAUUGUCGUAACCAUUUGGAAGAGUCCAUCGAUGCUCUCGUUGAGCCCUCUAAUGCUUCAAGGGCGUCUUCUGUCGAUUUGGCACAAUUCUCUGAACCUGCUCAAAAGGCCAUAUGGACAAUGUAUGAUAAGCUAACAACUCAAGAUGAAUUCAUAGUCGAUCUACUCAAGACCGAAUACGGACCAGACUGGUAUAUCCCUGAAAGAAAUCAGACAUCUGCUUAA